CAAAACUCUUGUUUUGAAAGGCGAGAACGCAGGAGUGACUUUCAGGAAGCGGAUGUUUGCGUCGUCCCAGCGCAUGCUAACUCGCAAAUUAAACAGUUUUAUGUCGCUAAAGCCUUGAGGGAAUUUUUUCUCACGACUGGCCCGUCUUCAAAAAAGAAAAAGAAAAAGAAGAAAAAUGAACCGUACAGGUCGGUCCUCCCUUGUCGACCCUGCGUCUCCUGGUGCCCCCUUGGCAGCUGUGCUCUGCCGCCAUGUGGCAGCUGGCCAAGCAGAAAGACGUGAUGAACUACCACAAACUCCAGGAGUUCGUGUACGCGGUGACCGAGGCCAUGCCCGGACUGAUGAACCGCAAGCAGAGAGCCCAGCUCAUCCUGGGCCUCAGAGCGAGGUUGAUCCUGGAACUGUGCAAGGGCUCCGUCCGAGGUUCCGUGGACUCUCAGAUGAUCCAGAGCCACUUGGAGAGACUUCCAGUAACCGCAGAUAGCGAUGGCGAGGUGAAAACAGCAGAGUCCACUUUCAUUGCCCUGGUUCAGAGCCUCCUGAAAGAUCCAGCUGAGCGCGCUUACUUCUUUCAGGAAGUCUUCCCAGUAGAAUAUGGCCAAAAGUACGAUGCAGCCCUACACGUGUUACUGUGGGAGCUCCUCUCAAAACUAGAGAAGCUGCUCCCAGUUCCGGACCUCAAGCAGACAUCCGCCUGGCUGGGCUCGGCUUCCGCCGUUUUGGACGACUGCGUCCAAUCCACCCCGGAAGAGCUGGCCAUGAUAUUCAAGCACUGCAAGGCUGCGGGACUUUUUAAAAUGCAACACGAUCCCUCCUCCACCAUCGGCAGCUGCAUCAUGUCCGCUCUGUCCAUCCCUCCGUCUCAAAAAGCAAACCUAACUCCGGGUCCGAAGUCAGUGUACAACUACGCCAAUGUCCUCCACCCCGUGGCUCUCUCCGGGGUUGAGCAGUACAGCGUGGUGACGGUCUUCACUGAGCCGGAGGUCCAGGACACGGUCGCUGAAGUUCAGACGCAACUCUACGAGGUGGAGGUGGUUCCCGCCGAGGAACCCGCGAGCGAGGCGUUGGAUGUGGCCACAGUGUUAGAGUUGCUGACCAAAACGUUGGCGUCAAGGGAGGACGGUCUUGAAAACGAUUCGGCUACGGACCGUCCGGUUGCAGCCCAGCAAACCUUCGAGGAGGCAAAGGGCGACGGGGAGCCGGGCCCUGAAGUAAAGGGGUCUUCUGCUCAAGAGGAUGUGACUCCCCCCACCACUGAAGUUCCUGUCUAUGAAACGCAGCACUCGUCCAGUCCACCGACGGAUGCAUCCGUCAGCUGGUGUAACUUAAAGAGCCUUCGCGCUGAUCAGCCAAUUGCCUCGUCUGUGAUCGCCAUCAAAGAAAGCGACAAAGACAAUUCCGACGAGAAUACCUCCAUCAUCUUCACGUGCUCGCGGUGUCCCUUCCACCACUCCGAGGACAACAGCCCGCCACACUUCCACAUGCAGAGCGUUCGCCCCGAAGACUACCGCAAGCUCUCGGGAUCCAACUCGGCUCCGACUCCCUCCGACACCGAUGAAAUCUUUACAUCCAUUAAGCUUUUCCCAAAAGAAGACACGGAGCAGCCCGGCGGCGCAGCCGUUCACGACGUCUCCGGAAGUUCCUGCCGGGCCGCCAGCAGGCAAAAAGCUCUGACGUGCGAGACGUGCGGGAGGACGUUCACGCGCCCGUCUGACGUGCGGCGCCACCAACUGACGCACACGGGCGAGCGGCCCUUCCGCUGCUCGCAGUGCGAUCACACCUUCCAGCACUCGUGGGACCUGGCCAAGCACCAGAGCAAGUGGCACGCCGCCGUCGUAUCCUUCGCCUGCUCCCAGUGCUCCGCGUCCUUCGCCAACUUGCGCGCUCUCACCGCCCACCACAAGCGCUGCCACUUGGACGGGAGCCGCCUCCCGCACAUCUGCUCCAUCUGCAGCGGCAGCUUCGGCUCGGCCGGCGAGCUGCUGGAGCACAGGCGGUCGCACGUGGCCAAGCGCUACGUCUGCGUGCAGUGCGGCGACGGCUUCGACUCGCUGCUGGCGCGCUCGCUGCACCGGCAGGCGCAUCGGGUGAAGCGGCAGUUCAAGUGCGCGCACUGCGAGAAGACGUACACGCGCCGAUCGGACGUGAAGAGGCACAUGUCCGCGCACACGGGCGAGCGGCCUCACAAGUGCGGCCAGUGCGGCAAGCGCUUCUCGCUGCGGUUCAUGCUGGUCAAGCACCUCCGCGUCCACACGGGCGAGCGCCCCUUCCAGUGCUCGCACUGCGCCAAGAGGUUCACCCUGGCGUCGGUGCUGGCCCGCCACGAGAGGAUGCACACGGGCGAGAAGCCCUUCCUGUGCUCACAGUGCGGGAAGGCUUUCUUGUCCCAGGGCGAGCUCUCUAAACAUUACCGCUCGCAUGUGGACGAGCGACCCUUCGGCUGCUCGCUGUGCGACAAGCGCUUCAAGAGCAAGAAGACCCAGCAGGAGCACAUGGUCUCGCACACCGGCGCCCGGCCUUAUCCCUGCACCUACUGCGGCAAGGGCUUCGCCAAACCCUACGCGCUCACCCGCCACCACCUCAUCCACACGGGCGAGAGGCCCUUCCCCUGCGGCUACUGCGAAAAGUCCUUCCUCACCCUCACCGAGGCGCAGCUGCACCGCCGCGUCCACACGGGCGAGCGGCCAUACGCCUGCGACGCCUGCGAGCUCAAGUUCAAGAGCCCGUCCGAGCUGGCGUGGCACAAGCGCCGCCACUCGGGCGCGAAACCCGCCAAGCCGAACUGCGGGCGCUGUCGGAAGACCUUCCCGUCCAAGGCCAAACUCGAGAAACACAUGGAAACGCACACGGAGGAAACGCGGCCAGAGCAGCAUAAUCACUGAAUGACA